AUGGCCGCCAAAGCGUCCCUCCUCUUACUACUCCUCUCCCUCUCCCUCGCCAUUUCGCUCGCCAAACCCGACGGCCGCCGAUUCUCCCGAACUCUGCGCCCGCAGAAACUGGGGAAGGAGAAAUUGAGCCACUUCCGGAUCUACUUCCACGACAUCGUCAGCGGCCGCAACCCCACCGCCGUCCGCGUGGCCCAGGCCGCCACCACCAACGUCUCCCGCACGGCGUUCGGGAUGGUGACGAUGAUGGACAACCCGCUGACCGUGGGCCCCCGAUUGAGCUCCAAGCUCGUGGGCCGAGCCCAGGGGAUCUACGCCUCCGCGUCCCAGACCGAGCUCAGCUUCCUCAUGGUGCUCAACUUCGCAUUUACGGAAGGCAAGUACAACGGCAGCAACCUCAGCGUGUUGGGACGGAACAACGUCUUCUCCGGCGUCAGGGAGAUGCCAGUCGUCGGCGGCAGCGGGCUGUUCCGGUUCGCCCGCGGUUAUGCUCGGGCGACGACUCAUGAAGUUAAUUUCAAUACUGGCGAUGCGGUGGUGAAGUACAAUGUCUACGUCUUCCAUUACUAG